AUGGCUAUACCAGAUUACAAACUGAGUUCUGUUUUAAAUGGUCAUUCUAUGGACGUAAGAUGUGUCGCCACAACUAAAGAAUUUUGUAUACUGUCUGCCUCUCGAGAUAGAACGGCAAAACUUUGGCACCCGGAGGGAGUGAAAGAUUUUGUCAAUGUGGUAACAUAUAAAGGCCAUAAGAACUUCGUGUCAUGUGUUUGUUGGUUGCCCCCGUGCGCGGCAUUCCCGGAAGGCCUGGUGAUCACAGGAAGCAAUGAUAAUACAAUACACGGCUAUACUCUACAAGAUGGAGCGGUUCUAGUCAAAUUAACAGGACACGAAAAUGUAGUAUGUAGCGUAGUGCCAGGCAAUGACUCUGGGACUCUUAUAAGUUCAAGUUGGGAUAGCACAGCUAGAGUAUGGAACUUAAACGCACCUCAAAUGGCACCUAUAGUGUUAAAAGGCCACCAAGCUACCGUCUGGGCGGCUAUAGAACUUGCCAAUGGGGCCUAUGCAACCGCCUCUGCGGAUAAAAGUAUUAAUCUUUGGAGGAAGCAAGGUGGACUGAUUAUCAAGCUUUCAGGUCACACAGACUGUGUGCGUGGUUUAGCUGUAGCGAGUGCAGAAACCUUUCUUAGUUGUGCAAAUGAUGCUUCUGUAAGGCUAUGGACAAAUAAAGGAGAGUGCCUGAACACAUACUAUGGCCAUACAAAUUAUAUUUAUAGUAUCAGCAUGAACCCAAGCCUCCCACAAGGGUUUGUAACAAGUGGUGAAGAUGGUGCAGUAAAGGUUUGGUCAGCUGGUGACUGUGUCAGAGAGUUACGAUUACCAGUUGAGUCUGUAUGGAGUGUCACUUGCCUUGAAAAUGGAGAUAUAGUUACGGGUGCCAGUGAUGGUCUUGUGCGUGUAUUCACCAGAGAUCCACUAAAGUACGCAGAUGAAGCUACUCUUAAGUCCUUUGAGGAAGAAGUACAAAAAGUUAUAGCUUCAUCGCAACAGGAGAUUGGAGGAUUCAAAUUGUCUGAAUUACCAGGCCCCGAAGCACUAUUGGAGCCGGGCAAAUCUGAAGGUAAAACUAAACUGAUAAGGCGAGGCACAAACGUCAAAUGUUACUCGUGGAGCGUAGCACAAAAUACAUGGAAUGAGAUCGGAGAUGUUUUGGGUGCCAACCCUCCCAGUGAAGGAAAGACUAUGUACCAGGGAAAGGAAUACGAUUUCGUGUUCAGUGUCGAUAUCAAAGACGGUGCCCCCGCUUUGAAGCUACCUUUCAAUAAGAAUGAGGACCCAUGGGUGGUCGCACAGGCGUUUAUUCACAAUAACGAUUUAUCUCAAGGAUAUUUGGAUGAGGUUGCUAAUUUUAUAGUAAAAAAUGCCAAAUUGGAUGCAUUGCCGGAUUCCAGCAAUGGUUUCGCAGACCCGUUCACAGGCGAGGGCCGCUACGUGCCCGGCACCACGGCGGUCGCCGGCUUGCCGCCGCCGUCCGCCGCCGACCCGUUCACCGGCUCCGGCGCCUACACCACCGCUGCCGCUGCCGCCGCUUAUGAAAAACUGCUUGUGCCUCACGACUCGUAUAUAAGAUUCGACCAAGCUAACCUGAAAGCGAUACACGAAAAGUUAAAGGAGUUCAACAGCAAAGUGGGGGAUGGACUUACGACUUUCACGGACCAACAGCUAGAGAAUAUUGUGAAAUUAGGUGAAAUGAAUUGUGCAUACAGUAUUGAAACUGUAACAUUAUUAAAGAAAAUGCUAGAGUGGCCAAAAGAAAUAUUAUUCCCCGUUCUUGAUAUUACUAGAUUAGCGGUCAGAAAUAAAGAAAUAAACGGUCAGAUAUUUGAUAAUCAUCACGGACCUAAUUUUGUUAAAUAUCUGCUAACUUUACUCACUCCAGAUAAUCUACCAGCAAACCAAAUGCUCACGAUGCGUGUACUAGUGAACGCGUUCAGCGACCUUCCCGGCGAGAUGUUGGUACUGGCCGCGAGGGAGAGCGUAGUUCACGCAAUAAUAUCGCUCACACAGCUAAAUAAUAAUACGCAGAUAGCCGCAGCAUCUCUCCUUCUCAAUUUGUCGGUAGCUCUCGCUCAACAGACAGACAAUUCGGAGCUCGUGGAAGGCAUAGUCGACCUGCUGACUAAGAUUACUGAUAAUGAAGCCUAUUUUAGGGGGUUAGUAGCGCUAGGAACAUUAUUAGCAGAAUCUCCAAACAAACUGGUCAUUCAAACAAAAAUAGUAACGAACGUGAAACUCCACAACAGACUGAAGAGCGACAGUUCCGAAGUCAAUCCCAGCUUCAAGAAGAUAUGCGUAUGCUCCCAGCAGAUAUUGCAAAUGUUAUGAAAUGGAAUUGUAACCUUAAUACUAUGAAAAUAA